AUGCGGCGCCGUGCGGAGUCGCGCCUCGCGAAGCCUCGUAACGAGACGUCGCUACUUUGGUCGCCGCCGCCGCCGCCGCCGCCGUCGCCACUCCGCUGCCUCUACCCCCUCGCCGCUUCGGCUUGGCGUCCCGCGAGAAAAUGGCUACCUCCCCCACUGCGCAAGCUGAGCCAGGGAGGCAAAGUGGAGAAGGGCCUGGCAUCUGCGCCCGUCCCAGACAGGCCUCCGCUCAAGAAGCCGGGCUCCGAUAAGCGCUUCAAGUUGGUGGCUGUGCCCCCCUGGGAGCGACCACAGGUCACUCUGCGUCCAACAGCACUGUUGCUCGAUUGCGCUGGUGAAAACAAAAAAAACGGGUUGCUUCACUUGGGGGAUACACUCAUUGACCCAUUCCAUGCGUCCAUGGGUGAUCCCAAUCCGAAAGAAUAUUUGCACAAGCUAGGAUUUGAAUUAAAGGGGUCAUUCAGCCAGUAUUUGCUGGUCAAUCGGAGAGAGAACAAACGUGAAGUGCGCUUCAAAAUCAUGUCGCAGUUCAAGCAACGUUUGGAUAUGUCAGCAAGUGAGACUAUAUUUCAAGCAGAUUUUGAUGAACGAAAGAAUACUCCAAGAAGACUUGAUGAUCCUCUGCCUUCCGGCGACAUGGGAAACAAGCAACCGGCGCAGGGCCAGUCGGAGGAGGAAGAGGAGGCGGUGCGAGCCACCGUCGCCACCGUCAGCUCCCGCGCCCCGGCCGCCGCGGCCGCCGCCGCUGCCGCCACGGCCUCCGCCGCCGCAGCCGCUGCUGCGGCCGGGCCCGGCUACCUCGACCAGAACGGAGAAGAGGGAGAGGACGAGGUGGAGCUGCCGCCGCCCAUGAAGCCCAUCACGGAGCCCAUCCUCGUGGCCGGCAACGCCGCCAACGAUGACAGCCAGGGCAAGAGGUCAUCGAGUCUCUCUCUCAAGGCUCUGGAAGGCGCCACAUCCGCUGACUUAGCAGAAAUAGAGCAAAUCGUCAAAGAGCGAAUGGAACAACACACUGAAAACCAGGAGCGUAAUAGCUUGCGGAAUCGUGAUUCCAAGCUGUCCAAUGAAUUUACUUCUGAUGGUGAAGUGAGCACGAACACUGCAAGUGAUGGGUUGCGGCCCUCAGAUGAAGAUUCGACAAGUGCUGCUGGCCAUGAAGUUGUGGACAAGGGAGGGGGGAGCUCUGCCAGCCAGGGUGAGGGGGAGGCCCCACUUGAAGACGCCAGUGGAGUGACUAGUGAGCCUGCUGCUACAUUCCCAGCCGCUUCGAGCAUCCCCAGUGAUCCAGCUGCUGCUGCCCUGCAUAAGCGGGAGUAUGUGAUUAGAGAGCUGGUGGAGACAGAGCGAGACUAUGUGCGUGACCUGCAGUAUGUCACUGAAGGUUACAUGACACUUAUGAGAAACCCAGAGUGUGAAAUUCCAAUGCCAGAAGAUCUGCGGGGAGGAAAAGAUAAAAUGGUGUUUGGAAACAUAGAAGCAAUUUAUGAAUGGCAUAGGGACUCAUUUCUGAAAUCUUUAGAAAGGUGCAUUGAACAUCCUGAAGAGUUGGGCAAUCUUUUCAAAAAAUACGAACGUAAACUACAUAUGUAUGUAGUGUAUUGUCAGAACAAACCCGUGUCUGAAUACAUUGUCUCGGAGUACAUUGACACUUACUUUGCGGAAUUACGUCAAAUCCUUGGCCAUAAGUUACAAUUGUGUGAUCUCCUAAUAAAACCUGUGCAACGUAUAAUGAAGUAUCAAUUAAUGCUCCGUGAUAUUUAUAAAUAUACUGAAAGAGCUGACUUAAAAGGAGAAGUGGAGUCUCUUCGUCAAGCUUUACAAGUCAUGCAAGUAGUUCCCAAAGCAGCAAAUGACAUGAUGGAUGUUGGAAGACUUCAAGGUUUUGAUGGUAAAAUAACUGCUCAAGGCAAAUUACUUUUGCAUGGACCAUUGGUCUGUUGUGAUGGUAAUUCUCCAUUUGGCGUCAAACCCAAAGAACAUCAAGUCUUCUUGUUUGAACAAAAUAUAAUCUUCAGUGAAGCAGUUGGUAAAAAGACGCAAUUCACCAAUCCUGUUUACAUUUAUAAAGCUCAUAUCCAGGUGAACAAGAUGAAUUUGGUCGAGUCAACAGAAGAGAGUGAUCCAUGCAAGUUUGUCAUCAAGUCAACUGAUCCACGAAAGCCAAAUGUUUCCUACACAUGCCAAGCUUCAUCCAAAGAAAGUUGUGAAGAAUGGGUUUCUACAAUACAAAAUAUUUUACAGUCUCAAAAUGACUUCCUCAAGGCUAUUCAGUAUCCAAUACAAUAUCAGAAGGAAUUAACAAAAGAGGUCUCAGCACCUGAGUACAGCUCGGUGUGGAGUCCUUCACUUCGGAAGACUCUGUCGCACCCCAACACUCAAUCUUCGCACUCAGCUGAAAAAGCAAAUGGAAGAGCCUAUAAGCACCUUGAGAAAGCUAGCACCAUUCCUUGUUCUGGCACUGCUGUUGCUUCCUUGCUUCCCAAUGCUUUCCCAGUGCUUAACAACAAAGCUGACAGUAGCCCUGGGUCAAGUUCUUCUGUUGAUACCAACUUGGUACUAGAGAAGCCUCGCAUUCGCACCCAGAGUCCUACCAAAAAACUCAACUUCCUGGAAGGAUUCCGUAAUACCCUAAGGUCUCGUACUAAAAGUGAGGUGCCUUAUUGUGGUGAAUAUGAUUGGAGUGGAACAAAGACUCCUAAUCCUGUGAUAAGUGGAUGCGACGAUAAGAAUUUGACGCGAAGAUGGUCUGAAACGAGUUCUCCCAAUGUGGUAAGGCAACGCUUGAACCAGUGAGUGCAGUUAACAUUGCUCCACUGGCAUUUUCACACAACUAACAAAAAUACUAUGUAGACAAAGAAUUUACAUAUUUAACACUUCUGAAAUCAGAAAUGAUAGCGCAUGUUGUUUUCUUUGUUUCAAUCUUAAUCUUCAAAAAAUCUAGUGGAUUGUUUAACAAUUUCUUGUGGAUACUGGUACUCUGCUUGCUCCUCUUUUGUAUAUUAUCUCAAUAAAAAGUAUGUAUAUUCUGCUAUUGAAAAGGUACACAAAAAAUGUUUUCUUCACUUGUUAAAUAACUAUAUAUUUCAUUAACAUCCACACAACUAACAAUGUAAGAAAAUGCACGAAAAUAACCAUAUGUGAAAUGACAACAUUUUCUCAUCGAUUGUGGCCAUGACUUUUGUGUCAAGUUUAUUGCUUUCUGACAUGGAAUAGUGAACACUUUGGGAAUGGUGCCUUGCUACUGCCUGUGGAAGAGGGUAAGGUUUACCUCUUUUCUUCUUGCUAACUAGAAAAUGAAUUAUGAUAGUUUUCAUUCAUAACAUUAGUAUUAGUUUAUCAAAAAAAUCAGGAAUAGGCCAUUUCAUCAAAUAUCUUUCAGUAAAUGAUAAUUUGACGUAAUAAAAAUUCUUCUUUGCAAAUGAUUUAAGUAGUGCUUUCUUUUUUGAAGCUAUGUAACAAAGGCUAGUUUACUCAGAAAUGCCUCACAAGAUAAGUUCUACAUCUUUACAAAUACACAUUGUUUAUCUUAUUAAUUACAUUAAUAAUUUUAAAUUCAGUAAAUGAAUACUAUGUGAGUAAAAACAUGCUUUUAUUGUCUGUGACAAAAAAGGUUACCAUGAAUUUAUUUAAUUAAUUAAUUAAUUUAUCAUUCAGCCCUUGGCCUAAAAGGCAAUGACUGUUUACGACUGACAAUGGCUGACUAGGUUAAAGGAGGAUUACUUCAUUGUAUGUUCAAUGCCAGUUCAUGGUUAUGUAGAAUGUUGUUACAAAUGAACGUAACAGAGAAAAAAGAAAGAAAAAAUCAACAAUGAACAAUAUUCCGGCAAUAUCAUUGCAGCAUUUUAUUCUUUUUUACUGAAUACUAAUGAAAUACUUUAGUCACAUGAUUUACAAGUGCUUCAAGUCAAGAGUUAACUUUUGAGAAAAGUGUACCCACUUCCGAUGAAAAGUAUGGGGGUUUGAUGUAUUUCACAAAGUACAUCAAACUUUUUUACCAAAAAUGUCACUUAGAGAAGAUAGAAUUCAGAAUAAAAAAAUCAAAUAACUUUUAAUUUGAAAAUGUUACCAUAAUGUGUUUUAGUUGUAAGCCAAUGAGUUGUGUUUUUUGGUAACUUGUUUGAGUAUAAAUUUCCUUUCUUUCACAAUAUAAUAGCUUGUUAUUCUGCAUGGGUGAUGACUAUAGAGUUCAAGAAAAAGUUAAAUGAAUAAACAUUUAACUUAUUUAAUCUUUUAAUGUAAAACUGUUACCCAAAAAACAAUUUUUUGUCUAUAAAUGAAGUCCAAAUCCAGAGUGGCAAAAUUGUUAAAUCUACAGACAGAAAAGAAAAUAAUAAUUGAAUAAACAUUCACAAUUUUUCUAAGGAAAUCUAACUGUAUAAUAAACUCAUGUAUCUACAAUUUUCACCCACUUCUCUGCAAAAUACUUCACAGAAUUUGGGAGCAUCAUCAAGGAAGUGUUUCUCUUCAUCUUGACCUAAAGAUGGAGAUGGUAGGUGGAAAAGGGAAUAAGAAUUGCAGAUUAGUUAAUAUGAUUAACUUAUCUACAUUUUAUAUAAUUUUUAUUUACAUUUGCAAUCACAUAAAUAACAUCAUAAACAAGAUAUCUAUAAUAUACGUUUAUCUUUUAAAAAUUAAAAUUGAUUCCAUUUGAUCUCUAAUCAAUAAUUUGUGUAUAUUUUUUAAAUCAAGAAGAGCCAAAUACACUAAAUACUAUUUCUUCAAGAUUCUAUCCUAUUCCUAUCCUAAAAGUAAUGAAAAGAAAAGUAAAUCUUUGUAAUAUGGUGUGCGCUUUUCAUCACAAAUGUACCAAAUUAAUAACUACAUUCAAAUUAUAUAAACAAAUAGAUAUCAGAUUUGUGCAAUAAUACAUUUCUAGAAAAUGACUUCUGAAUAAUUUGUGUCAUUUUUAAUAUGUUAAUUAUCUUGAUUUGACUCACUUCUGAGUAAACAAGCCACCUAUGAAUUUAGGAUUGUAAAUUUUUGUUUUAUUAAAUAAUUUAUUGCAUAUCAAAUAAAUAAUUUAUUUUUAUAAAAUACUAGUAUGGUUGUGCUUCAUUCAAAAUAUGUAUAGUAUGUUUCCAAUACAUUAUAUUCAACAGAAAUUUGUAAACUUGUGUAUAGUACUUAACUGAUAUUUCUUUAAGAUUUUAUUUUUUUCUUUCAUAUGUAGAUUGAACCUUCAUCACCACCUGUGAUUCCUGCUGGAAGUAUUGUGAAAGUGAUUGCUGAUUUUCAUGCACUCCGAAGUGAUGAACUUGCAGUGAAUAAGGGAGAAACUGUGCAAGUGAUAGCCUUCAGUUCAGAAAGAGGUUAUCUUGUGCGACUACAGGGGGAUAGUAAGGAGACUGUAGAGGAAGGUUGGAUUCCAGUCCAUAAUUUAUCUCAGGAAGUGACAGGUAGUGCUGUUGUUCCUCGUAAACCAUGGUCAUUCCGAUUCCGAAAGCCUAGCUUCAGUAGUGGUAGUAGACGGGGAGAAAGGCGUUCAUUUGAUGGUGGUCUUAAUACAUCCUUCGGCAGCCCCCACAAAUUAUCACCAGAUAUUGGGGCUGGACUAAUCCCAGAAUACCCAGUGUCCCCACCUGAAUUUCUGGAGAGACUUUAUGAUACUAGUGUACCUUGUGGAGGACGAGCUGAACUGCGAUGUAGAGUGCACUGCAGUGAAGCAAGUGAUAUGAACAUUAUGUGGAGGAAAUCAACUGGAACAAACAGAAGAGGAACUGACACAGGAAGUUUGAUCAUUAUUCGAACUGGUGGAAGAUUCAAUGCUGGCCUUGGUGAUGAAGGAAUUGCUUACCUGAACAUUGAUAAUUGUCAAAUGUCUGAUUCAGGAGAAUAUUCUUGCACAGCUUCUAAUGAUUCUGGAAGUGUAUGUACGUCAUGCAUCCUUACCAUCACAGGUCCUGGUUACAAUGCUCCAAGUCAGCCUAGAGUGCAAGUGAUGGCUGGUAACAGUGUGCUUCUUCAUUGGGAAGGAGAAGCAUGUGGCCAUUAUUUAGUAGAGUGCUGUCGACAUCGUACUGGAGAAUGGCUUCCCGUGGGUGAUGGUGCUACCAUUUGUGGUCUUUCAUUUGUAGUGGAUGGACUUACACCUGGAGAAACAUAUAGUUUUCGAGUGUUAGCACCUCUUCAUGGAGGAACCAAAAUUGCUGGUUUGCCAUCACUUCCUGUUGCUAUACCUCCAGUGGACUCUGGCCGUUGGCAGCAAGAACAAUUCCAAAGACGAUAUCAAGAACUUGAAGAAAUCGGUCAUGGGCGAUUUUCUACAGUACGAAAAGCACGAGACCGAGGUACUUUACAAGAAGUUGCUGUAAAACAAGUGUCAUGUAAGCGACAGUCCCAUGAAGUGACACAAGCUGAAUAUGCUCUUCUGGCUCGACUCUUGCAUUGUAAUAUUGUUCGAGCAUUGGCUUUAUUUGAAAAUGCUCCCGAUCCUGGUGUUGACUCCAUUGUAAUGGAACUGGUGAAUGGACCAUUGCUAUUUUCAUACAUGUGCAGGCAAGAAGAGUAUAGUGAAGCAACUGUUUGCCAUUUCACUUGUCAAUUAGUGUCAGCAUUGGCAACAUUGCACCAGCAGAAAAUUGCUCAUUUGGAUAUAAAGCCUGAAAACAUAAUGGUUGAUUUAUCUAGCCACAGCCCUGUUUUAAAAUUAGUCGAUUUUGGAGAUGCAGUGGGUCAAAGAGAUUUUGAAGUCUUACCACCUGCCAACUUAGAAUUUGCUGCACCUGAAAUGGUUUUAGGUCAGCCAGUUAUGUGCCAAACUGAUAUGUGGAGUGUUGGAGUAUUCCUUUAUGUAUUUCUCAGUGGGUUAUCUCCUUUUUUGGAUGAUUCAAUGGAAGAGACAACUACCAACAUUCUCAAAUGUGAUUUCUGUUUUCCUGAAGAAUAUUUUGCACAAAUAUCGAAUGAAGGAAAAGAUUUAAUUGGCCAGUUGCUUGUUUCCAGUGCAUCACAACGAACAAGCCCUCAUGAUUUUCUGGAAUCAUCUUGGUGUAAUGAUGUGGAGAAAGCAUGUUCCAUUCCAUCAGUACGAUUAUUGUCAUUCAUGGAAAGGAGGCAAUCCCUAGCUCGACCUGUAUAUCCUGGCUCAAGACCUCAAGCUGAGAGUUGAGAUUUAAGAAGAGAUGUUUGUGUCAUAUAUUUUAAAUGCUUGAGAAAGGUUUUCAAUAAAAUUGCGCAGCUAUUUUUGAGACAUUUAAAUAAUUGUUACCAUUGUAUUCAGUAGAUUUGUUAGACAGAAUGUAUGUGCUUUUGUAUGUAAUAAGGUUGAAUGGAAAUUCAUUAAUUGGAAAACUGCAGGAUCCAUGAUGACUUCUGCUGACAUGUUACAACUGUGUAUAAGAGUUUGUGUGAAGUAAACACAAAAGAUAAGGGAAAAUUUGUGAUAUGCUGAGAGAUUGUGCAUUACAAUGGCAUCUUCAGCUGUUUCUACCAAAACUUGCAUUUGCUCCCUCCAUCAGUCAUUAGAUCAGUAAAUGAUGUAUUUCGACUGAAACAUAAUAUAUAUUAGGUUACUUUAAUAAUUAGUCACUAUCUGUUUCAUUUUUACGAAUAUCAGAUUUACAUUCAUUGUGCUUUGCUCGUGAAGCAAUAUCACAAGUGCAGAAUUUAUAACUAUAUAUGUUAAUAUUAAUAGAAAAUUGUAUUUUAAGAUGUGUUGUACAUUAUGAGAAGUUAGAGUACCAUUUAAAUGACGAUAUAAAUGCAUGUUCCAAAAGAUUCAUUAUUUUGUCCUAGCAAUAACAUUUAAAAUAUGUUAAAAUGAGACUUAUGAAAUACAGCUCCUGUGAAAAUAUUUUGUAAUUGUCAUUAGUUGUAUUCAUGAUCUUUGUAAUCUGCUGUAAAUAUUAAAUAUUAAUGUUAUACAAUAGCAUUUUUAAUUAAUUACUUUGUUCAUGACAUAUUGAACAAAUAUGAUAAAUGUCAUGAUAUACUGAAGGAGUGCUGCGAGACUUAUUCUUCUUGCUGAACCUGCUUUUUCUG